CAUUUCACGGAGGACAGAAACGACGAUCACACGUGGAGGAACAAACGGAGCUUCACCUCUGAGGAGAAACAGUAAAACUAGGAGAGGUUCUGGAGCAGCUGCCUGCUGUUUUUUGGGGAACACAAAAUGCUACGACAAGAGCCAAAUAGGUGACUUUUUUAUAACUCUGUAAUGUAUUAAUAAGGCAGGAUAAAACUAGCCUGGAAAGUGGACUUAAAAGAGGAGCCAUGGAAAACCCCUGGAGGAAGAGGAGGACACAGGCGGGGAGAUGGAAGCUGUUGAGGAGCUCGUUGCUGCUUUGUUUAUUCACCGGUGGUACUGAAGCCCAGUGUGAAGGCUGUAUAGAGUACUGCUGUGAUGGAUCACCACCGUUCUGCUGCUCCUACUACGCCUACGUCGGAGACGUCCUCUCGGGCACGGCCAUCUCCGGCAUCGUGUUCGGCGUGGUGUUUCUGAUGGGGGCGGUGGCGGCGCUGUUCCUGUGCGUUUGUAUGUGCAUGAAGAACGGGAGGGGAGCCAGAGUCGGCGUUUUCAGCACCUCCUACAUCAACACUGUGACCCAGGGAUACCCAGGUCCUCCUCCUCCGUACACCUUUGACUACGAGAUGUACCCUCCACCUUUGCACCCGCCGCCUUACACUGCAACUCAGCCAUCACCGGCCAACUACUCCCCACCUCCUCCUUACCCAGGCUGCACACGCAAGUGAUCCAAAGAGCAGAAAUCAUCCAGCGGACACUUAAAGGAAGCCUGGUUUUACUUACCUGGAGAUAGCUGCUGCUGCUAACAGGGUCAAAGACUGUUAAAGGGGCCUGAAGAAAAAAAGAAAAACAGCCCAGUGCAAUAUAUCCCCCCAGGCUAGAAAUGAUGCAUAUGCAGGAUGUAAAUGUCACUGCAUUCUCCUGCACGCCUCUUGAGUCUAGACUGAACGGUGCAGGGUGAAAAAGCACAAUUUGUGAAGCGAAGAGAGCACCCACACAUCCACGUCCUGGUAGACUAAACAGUUAGCAUUCCUGCUCGCCUGUAGCCACUACUCCUUCCUCGCUAAUAAUAUCCCAAUAUUCUCAGCCGUCCCCGCCUGUGCACAUCAAAGGGACGGCGCCGCUUUGAUGGAGGUAAGGACCAGUUUUGUUGGCGCGGAGAGGAGCCUAGCAUCACUGGAGGAGAGGAGUCGUCUCAGGAUACGAUGCGGACUCUGCUUUUGUUGAAAGUUACACCACGGUUUUUUAAAAACUUGAGUUAUGUAAGAAGAGACUCAGGUGGAAGGUGAUGAAUAGAGCUGCAUCAGACACGGCGGUCGUGUGAUGCAGAGACUUGAAUUAAAAUGCAUCAUGAUACUGAUUUAAGAGGGACUUGAAGUGACAUGGGUUUUGUUACCUUACUUGAAACAAUGCAAGAGUGAACUUUGGUUCAAAUCAGGUUUAGCUGAACCAAACAGAUUCUUCUGAAGUGGAAAUAAGUGUCAAAUGUGCUGCCUUUGGAGGAUUAUUUACAGCAGUGACACAUUGUCACUAUUGUUUGAAUCACUGUUGUAGGCUGAUAAAGGUUUAAAAUGACAAGUUAAAAAGUGAUAUGAUAAGGAAUAGGGCCAGUUGUGACGAGCUGAGUACAGGUCUAUGAUGAGUCACUUUAACACUGAACUUCAACUCUUAUCUCAGCUUUUUCCCUACUUUUAUUUUGUUUUUUUUAAUACUGACUUUUCCGUCAGAAUGAUAGCAUCGGAUUUUAUUCCUAGAAAUUUGAGUCGGACAUUACAAUUUGGUAGUUAAUGUCACAGUUGAGACUUUUUUCUCACUUACAAUCCUGACUUCUGCAAAAUUAAUACUGCUUUAUUUGGAUUUCAGACAGGGAUGCACUGAUUUAACUCUGAUAUCAGAGUCUCUAGGCUGAAAAACAUUGCCCUUUAUUUUGAAAGUCUCAAAACUAAGACUAUAAAUCAAAGAUAAAACGAUUGAUAUCAGUGCUGAUACCAAGCCUAAGGACUCGUGUUUACAAAACAAUGCCGAUACUGUGCUUAACCCUUUGGCAUCCCUUUUGACGACAACACAAAUAUGUCCCUAGAAGACAUUUUCUCCACCUCAAAUGCUAAAAUUCAUGAUUUAUAUCAUUUUUAAAAGAACUUUUGUUUUUAUUUGUUCUGUUAUCUCUUCCAGCUCUGAUCAUGACACAGCAAAUCUUUGGUCAUUGUCAUGAUUUUAUGUGUUUUUAACCCUUUAAAUGCCAAUUUGUUCAAUUUUCAAUUCAGUAGAAUGAGAUAUUUUUCAUAUAAAACAUGCUAAGAGGAUUUUUUUUUAAAUUAUUAUCAAAGAUGGUCAUAAGUCAUCAAUUACCACCAACAUCGAGUUUGGUGCAUUUUUAUAUUUUUUGCAGUGUCCAGAUUGGAAGAAAAUUAUGCACAAAAUUAUGCAAAAAGAUUGAUAUUAUGACCCCAUUAUAUGGUUAUAUUCAGCAUUUUUUGUUGUUGUUUCAAAUUGGUUUAUGUUUUUUGUAAUCACCUCCAGUUCUAAUCAUGACAUCAUUUGAAAUACCCGAUACUCUAAACUUUUGACUUCCUGUUUGGAGAUUUCUGAUAAAUGGGUAUUGAUGCGAUUUGGCAGGGCCGGCACUGAACACAGACCUGCAGCUAACCCCAACGGAGCACGCUGGUUUGGCGCUUCAGAGAUGCAAUUUCUCAUGCCUAACCUGCAAAACCCAAGUUUAUAUUCAUAUCAAAUCCCACAGACAUUUUAAAAAUUUCUUUAUGCCUUUAUUUAAAAAAUUCCACUGUAAGUGCGUCUUUUAAGUGCCCUACGGAUACACACUUGGCCCAAAGGGGGUAAUGGCGCCACCUAUUGGUUAGUAGUAAAAAUUGCAAGUCUAAGGUCCCCAUUUAAAAUUGCAUCACAGAUAAUGGCGGUCUCAGUGAUGCAUGGCAUUGCAAAUCUGCAAUCAAAAUAAGCAAUUAUAAUGGGUUUAAAUGGGCACGUUUGGUCCCCAAAGGAUACGUGAGUAUUUUUCCUAUGAACAGUACCAAACAGGUCAGUGUAAUGAUUUGGCUUGACCAAAUGACCAAAAAUAAACAUCUUUAUGCAGUUUCACGCCAAUCACAUCAACAGAACACAAAUUGGUUCGAGAAUUCUGAAACAGAAUGCGAAGAAUGUGCCUAGGUAUAUCUCAGGGCUAAAAUCGCUCUGCAGCAUAUUAGCCUCUCAGUAUGUUAACAAGUUGCUACAGUUGUUGCUAAUAUUCCCAGUUUUACACACUGCACCUCUAACGAAUGCAGUGUAAAUGGAGUAUCCCCACUCCUCCACAGUCUCCAUAGAGCAUAUUCGCUUCUAAAUUCCCUUUCCUAGGAUGUCAAAUGCAACGUAAAGUACCCUAAGUACAUUAGCGUAUUGCUUUGUAACACACUGACCCCAUCACUUCUAAAGAUUAGAAAUCAGACAACAUUAUCACGCUGUUUUCUCACCAGAGGUGAUCAUAAAAUCUCGUCUCUUUUGGUUGUUAAUUCUUACUUCCUGAAGCAGCAGAAGUUAAGCAACUGUGAUACUAAAGGCUUAUUUUAAGGUGACUUAAGACUAGUCUUACACAUCUUUGUGUAGAACACAAGGGCGGUUAUCUUUUGCUAAAAAUGGGGGGGAUAAAUGAGAGUAGACUUGCUUGGCCUUGGCAUUCUUUGCCAUUAAAAGUUGUGUAAAUAUGAGGGUAUAAAUAUCUGUAUCAGCUAAGAUGAGCUCUGAAAUACUGGCAUAUCAGAGAUCAAUAAAAGCCCAACAUCAGGCUUCCCUAAUGGCUCUCCUGCACUAGAGCUUCCUCAUACUCUUUCAAAAAAAGUGGUGUUCUACAUUAAAUGUGAAAUGUACUUUUAACACAGCUGAACCGAGCUUCUGACGCCUUAAGUGCUCUGUGUAGGAAACCCGUUCAAAUAAAAUGUUUUAAUGAGCUGAUAGGUCUGUUGAUUCUGCUUUUUGGCCAAAAUCGAGCCUGCUUGAGAGCACCGUUGGACGGGGAGGAGGAUUGACACAACCCUGGUCGUGCUCUGGAUGACCUUGCAUAUUACCAGUGUCAACACCUUUAGGGUAGAGUAAGGGGCGGAUGUGGCGAGUAAGCACAGCCAAGGGUACAGUCCGGGCAGGUAGCAGGGUUGCUACAAGCCCCUGGGCAUGCUGUGGAUGUCGCAAAGGGCCUCUGGUGGUCUCUGGGUGUAUCCAAAGUUGUAAAGUCACGGACAACAGAAAUGCCGUCGAGCUUGACCUUGGGUGACAAAGAAGUGUCGACAUGCAUCAGGAUGGACUCUGGCUGCCUUACCCCCAUAUCCAUCCCCCGGCUGAAGCACAUCGGGCCCGUGAUGAAUUCUUAGCUAGUGCCCUACAUGCCUGAAACUUCUGCACAUGACUGUAUUUUUACAUUCUUCCAGUAAAUACAGUUGAAAAGUUAUGUGUUAACAGAAAUUUUUACAGUUAUAAUUUAAAGCUACUGUCUGCCAACUCUGAUAUCAUGUUCAUAUUGUGAAUCCCUAAAAAGUAGGGCUGGACAAUGCAGAAUUUAUGCCAGUUUAUCCUGAAAAUGUUACUAAAAAGUGGACCAGACUUCAAACUAGACACUGCUAAUUAUCAAGAGUGUGAGUCAGGAAUGUGUAAUGAAAAUUGAACAAUUUCAAAAAUAUAAUAAAAAAAUACAGUAUUAUUAAGUAUACAUAUUUGUAUAGUGUAUCAGUGAAUAUCCAAAUACAAUUACUAGUAUUUAAUCCUGUUUUGGUGCAUCCCUAGUCCUUUUCAGGUUCAUGGAAUCUGACUUAAAGUCAGAAUUCUGACUUUAAAAAUUAGAAAUUAAGAUUUUUUUGUUUGCUGAAAUUCAUCGAAGUUUCUUUAUUUCACUUGGGAUAAUAAUCAUCUUCGUGUUUUAAGAAAAAAUGAAAAUCUUGUUUGUUGUCUUAAUCAAAUAGAUACGUAACUUAAUUCAGACAACAGCCCUGCUUUUUCACAUUAACAUGACAGUUAACGUUUAGUUUAAGGAAAAGCAAGGCAUAGAAUUUUAAAUAAAUAAAAAUAUGGCAACUCCCUGUGUUCAGAUUUUUUUUUUUGUUUAGCGUAUGUUCACAAGCAAAGAAAAUAUGACUGUAAAAUUUUGUCUUGCCCAA